ACACCGCGCGCGGCCUCUGUGUACUACGCUCACGAGUAUUUUGAAUUCCAUGCAUUUAGACGUAUCGUAAUUAUGUAGACUUUUUUGUCACCGACGUUUUGUUGUCUUCCAUUCUUGUUCCAAUAAUAUUAUCAUGGCUGAUCUAGUAUAUCGUAAAUAGUCUCAUAUGAAUUGAAUGAUGGCUAAUUGAAUACUGCCAUAGUAUUUUGAGCAAAUGAAAACACAUACAAUGAAAGUUAAUUUCGCUGCAGUGUCCUAUAGGGAUUCAUUUAUAUAAGCCAUGCGCGUGUCCAUGGUAAUGAGACUAACAAGUAAGGAAGUGCUUUUAGAAAUCUCGCCAACGCUCCGACGCGACUUUCGCUUUACAAAGUAAUUUUUUUGUAAUUUUUUAAAAUGGAGCAUUGCUUAAAAUCGGACAACUUCGGCUUCAACCCCGACGAAGAGAGCAAAAUCUUGAAUUCGUUUUCAAAUUCCAAGGCGGAUAGAAACGUGACAGAGGAAGAGUUUCAAAAUUUUAUGCAUCGCGUUACUGAAGUCGAAAAAAUUGUAAAACAACUUGCGUCCACCGAUGUCAACGACCAAGAGCGCGGAAUGUUCCUGGCCGACGAAAUUUUACAAAACAACGUCAAAACCGAUGUGUCGGACAUUGGAGAACUAAAAGCUAAAACAAAUCGAACCCUCAUCAACAAAUAUUCUGCCGAGGAGUCGGAUCCGAACAAAAUAUCUCAAGAGGCGUUCAAGCGAAGCGUGGAACGAGACGCAGCGGCUCGCGCGGAGGACCGGAAAGCUCGCAACGAGCGCGCCGAGACGUACAAGCGCAUAGGAAACGGCGCUUUCAAGGAGUCCGACUACGAGAAGGCUGUCACCUACUUCUCCAAGGCCCUGGAGCAGCGUCGAGACUCGGCGGUGCUCUGGAACAACCGGGCCCUCAGCUACAUGAGACUCGGCCUCUUCGAGAAAGCUCUGCUCGACUGCAACUGGGCCCUCAAGGUCAACGAGGCCAACAUCAAAGCUCUGCUCAACAGCGCCAAGUGCCACAAGUCGCUGGGUAACGAGGAGCAGUGCAGAAACUUCAUUCAGCUGGCCAGGGAAAGAAAUCCAAAGUUUCAGAGCUACAUAUCAGAGUUCGAGAGAAACCUUGAGUCCGAGGCGACGCCGCAGUUGACGCGGGAGGCAGCCAAUGACUUGAUCGAUUGAACGAGACAUAUAAUACUUUUUGUAAUAAGCAAAGGUUUAACAUUUAAUAAAUAUUUUUAAACGACA